GAAGCGCGCUACCCGUGAGGCGACUCCAGCGAUAAACAGAGGUGGAGAGAAACAGAUAUUAUUUUGGUCGUCGCUCCUGCACACUUACUGGUUGCAGUGUCCAGCUCAGAGGUCAGGUGGAGGACAAGUGGUGACAGAGCAGGAGUGGAAACUGGAACUUCUCCUGAGUGUUGGAUGCUCAGCUCACUGCGACGCGGCCCUGACUGAGGAGAGAGAGAGAGCGAGAGAGAGAGAGAAAGAGAGGAAGAGAGAGAGAGAGAGAGAGAUGGGACGGACCUUUUGCGGGAGGAUGCCUGUGGUGGCGACGGGCAGGAUGAGGACAGCUGCGGGACUGCUGGUUGUGUUCCUGAGUCACAUCGCCGCGCCACUGGAAGUCCCUCUUGACCCUAAAGUUCUGGAAGGAUUACCGCAGCCGCCCACCAUCACCCACGAGUCCCCAAAAGACUACAUCGUGGACCCGCGGGAGAGCAUCGUCAUCCGCUGCGAAGCCAAAGGGAAGCCCCACCCUAGCUUCUCGUGGACGAGGAACGGGACGCAUUUCGACAUCGACAAGGACCCCAAAGUGAACAUGAGGCCCCACGCGGGCACCCUGGUCAUCGACAUCAGCGGCAAGGACAAGGCCGAGGCGUACGAGGGCGUGUACCAGUGCACGGCCCGCAACGAGCACGGGACCGCCGUCUCCAACAACAUCAUCGUGCGCCAGUCCAGGUCCCCCUUGUGGUCAAAGGAGAAUAAUCCGCCAUUAGUAGUGCAGGAAGGGGCAUCUCUGGUCCUGAAGUGCAGACCGCCCGCUGGACUGCCCCCACCCAUCGUCUUCUGGAUGGACAACAACUUCCAGAGGCUGCCUCUGAGUCGCCGUGUGUCUCAGGGCCUGAACGGGGACCUGUACUUCUCCAACGUGGUGGUGCCGGACUCGCGCAGCGACUACAUCUGCUACGCCCGCUUCCCCCACACGCAGACCAUCCAGCAGAAGCAGCCCAUCACCGUGCGCGUGGUCAACAUGGAUGCAAUCAAUGAUACAUGGCCAGGUUUUUUGAAUGAGACUGAUUUUUUUGGUGACGGGCAGACGGAGGAGCGCCGUCCAUCCUUCCAGGUGCCGUCGGGCCCCACCAGCUCCAUGAUGGUCCUGCGGGGGCAGGUUCUGGAGAUGGAGUGCAUCGCGGAGGGCCUGCCCACUCCUGAGAUCACCUGGUCCAAGGUCAGCGGGGAGUUGCCCACCAACCGGGCCUCCUACCUCAACUUCCACAAGACGCUGCGCAUCACGGGCGUGACGGAGGCGGACUCGGGCCAGUACCGCUGCACGGCCAAGAACACGCUGGGCUCCAUCCACCACGUCAUCACCGUCACCGUUAAAGCUGCUCCCUACUGGAUUGAGGCUCCUCAGAACCUGGUGCUGGCCCCCAGGGAGAGGGGCCAGUUGAUCUGCCGCGCCAGUGGCAACCCCAAGCCCACCGUCAGCUGGUUCAUGGACGGCCUGCCCAUCCACAACGCUCCGGAGGACAGCAGCAGGAAGGUGGAGGGAGACACCAUCAUGUUCGAGGACGUGCUGACGGGCUCCAGCGCCGUGUACCAGUGCAACGCCUCCAACGAGCACGGCUACCUGCUCGCCAACGCCUUCGUCAACGUGCUGUCCGAGCCUCCCAGGAUGCUGACACCGCCCAACAAAGUCUACCAGGUCAUCAUGAACAAGCAGGCUGUGCUGGAGUGCUAUUCAUUUGGCUCGCCCAUACCCACAAUCACAUGGUUUAAGGACAGCCAUACCAAUGCCCUGGAGGGCGACCCCUACAUCUUCUAUGACAACGGCACGCUAGUGAUCCCAGUGGCCCAGGCCGCCAACAGUGGCAAGUACAACUGCGCGGCCAGGAACAUGCUGGGCAAGUCAGAGAACCACGUCUCCCUGGAGGUCAAAGAGCCGACCCGCAUCACCAAGCAGCCCGAGUACAUGGUGGUGCAGAGGAACAGGAACGCGGUGUUUGAGUGCAAGGUGACGCACGACCGCACCCUCACCCCCACCAUGAUCUGGCUGAAGGACAACGGAGAGCUGCCGGACGAUGAGAGGUUUAUUGUUGACUCGGACAGUCUGACCAUCACCGAGGUGACCGACAGCGAUGACGGAACGUACACCUGCAUCAUGAACACCACCCUGGACCAGGACUCUGCCAGUGCUGAUCUCCGCGUCGUCGAGCAACCUGACCCACCCAGUGACCUGGAGCUGACUGACCAGCGGCCGAAGAGCGUGCAGCUUACCUGGAUCCCAGGAGAUGACCACAACAGCCCCAUUAAGAAAUUCCUUAUUCAGUAUGAGGAUUCACUCCAUGACCGAGGGCACUGGCACAAUCUGACGGAGGUCCCAGGCAUGAAGACCACUGCCCACCUCAAGCUGUCUCCCUUUGUCCACUACAGAUUUAGGGUGCUGGCUUUGAACGACGUCGGCUACAGCCACCCCAGUUCUCUCUCCGCUCUGUACAAAACCAAACCAGCAGCGCCGGAUGAAUACCCUACGGGAAUUGAAGGCAUGGGAACUCAAUCUGACAACCUAGUUAUACACUGGAAGCCAUUGACCGGCCUGCAGUCCAAUGGCCCCGGGCUUCAGUAUGUAGUUUACUGGAGGCAAAAGUACGUGGAUGAGGAUUGGCACUCAGUAAAAGUAGCCAACGUCUCCAAGUUCACCGUCCAGGGGACUCCAACGUUCGUGCCUUACGAGGUGAAGGUCCAGGCUGUUAAUGACCACGGCUCUGGACCCAAGCCAUCGCCGGUCAUUGUCUACUCCGGGGAGGACUUGCCAAAGGAAGCCCCCAACAAUGUCAUGGUUCACGUGCUGAACAGCACCUUGGCCCAGGUCCAGUGGGACCCCGUGUCCUUCGAAUCUGUCCGGGGACACCUCAAAGGCUACAGGGUGUACUACUCGCGGGAGGGGAGUCUGCACAACCACAAUCGGCACCAUUCGGAGCAGCAGUACCUCAACUUCACUGGGAACCGGACGGAGGGCAAGCUGCCGGGCCUGCACCCGUUCAGCCGCUACACGCUCAACGUCCGCGCGUACAACGGCCGAGGAGAGGGGCCCGCCAGCAGCAAGGAGUUUGAGACGCUGGAGGGAGUGCCAGGGAAACCAGCGUUCUUGAAGGUGGUGGAAAACACCCUGGACUCCCUCACCCUGGAGUGGGGCCCUCCGCACAACCGCAAUGGACGCCUGACGGGCUACACGCUGAAAUAUCAGCCAGUCAAUAACAGCAAUGAUCUGGGCACAUUGGAGGAGGUCACAGUGGCAGCCAAUGAGACAAGCUUCACGCUGCCCAACCUCAAGUACAGCACACGCUACAAGUUUUAUUUCAAUGCCAAAACCCAAAAGGGACCCGGCCCCGUCAUUACUGAGGAGGGCGUCACUGUCAUCGACAAAGGGCACCCAGAACCCCCACCACCACACCCACACCCACUCUCCCCAACACAGUCUGAACGCCCUCGCCCUCACCACAAGGUGCGUCCAGUUGUUCCAGAGUCCUGGAACGUUAGCUCGUCCGUGGUAAAGGACGAAGCUCUUAUCAGUUGGGAGUACUGGGGACCUGAAAAGAAAGUUUAUGUGGAAUAUAGACUUGUAGAAGACAGUAAUGAAGAGUGGAAAAAGGAGCCUGUAAAUGGCUCCCAGUCCUAUAUUCUAAAGGGACUAAAGGCGGGCCUGGCUUACAGAGUUCGCGUGGUGGCUAGGGGCCACUCUGAUCAUAUGGUCCAAUCGGAGGAGAUUGGGGUGACCGUUCCAGCCAUGGCCAGCAGACAGGUGGACAUCGCUACACAGGGCUGGUUCAUUGGCCUCAUGUGUGCCAUUGCUCUCCUCAUCCUGGUCCUCCUCAUAGUCUGCUUCAUCAAGAGAAAUAAGGGAGGCAAAUACCCAGUAAAAGAAAAAGAAGAUGCACACGCUGACCCAGAGAUCCAGCCCAUGAAAGAUGAGGACUGUACUUUUGGAGAGUACAGUGACAAUGAGGACCAUAAACCAUUAAAAGGAAGCCGCACUCCGUCCAAUGGGACGGUAAAGAGAGACGACAGUGACGACAGUUUAGUUGACUACGGGGACGGCGGCGACGGACAGUUCAACGAGGACGGCUCGUUUAUCGGGCAGUAUAGCGGAAAGAAGGAGCGGGACACGGCCGAGUGCGUUGAGAGCUCCGAAGCGCCGUCCCCCGUUAACGCCAUGAAUUCUUUUGUGUAACGCGGCCCGAACGAGGGGGAGGCGCGCGCCGCGGCACAAAUGUUUUCCGAUAAAGCUGACUGACCGCACUGUGGACAGACCCUCUUUUGAGGGCCCAUUUUAAUAGAUGCACGGACAGAUGGAGGACAGUCAAAGAGACAGAGGAACAUUUGCAAGGACAC